GCUGACCCUCUCCUGAAGUCCUGGACCCUAGCAACCGUGAUGCCCGCUCAAUCUCUCACAUUCGGGUCUCGUCCGCCUUGAAAUACAGCCCAAUCAUCGCCUAAACAAACAGCCUCUUCGCGAUUCCUCCCAUCCACACAGACCACCCUGGCCUUCCCCUUGCACUCCCACAACCUGCAAGCAUGUCUGGAGUUGGUGGAACGUAUCGUGGUACGCCCAAAGGUCGUGGUCAGAUCCCAAUCCCAUUCACAGAUAGCCCUUCGAAUAUACCCCGGCCGAAAUUAGAAUCCACGCCCAGCGCAGCAGCACCGAGCGAGAUGUCGGGCACUUCGGCGGUCUCUGCCAGCCGGCAGAAGCAGAGCAAGAGAGAUGAGGCCAUUCGACGCAAGAUGGAAGCAGAUCUCAACAAGAAGAGACAAGUUCCUGCCCGCGCUCGACAUACCCGCAAAGCACCUCCCGGGACCGUCCUCGCCUUGAAGCCCAGUCAAGCCCUGCAGAUUAAACCCUCUACCACCGUCUCCGAGGCGGCUCAGCUGAUGGCCGCGAAGAGGGAAGAUUGUGUACUAGUCACCGACGACGACGAUAGGAUCGCAGGUAUCUUCACAGCCAAAGAUCUGGCAUUCCGUGUCGUCGGCGCCGGCCUCAAAGCGAGUCAAGUAACCAUUGAACAAAUCAUGACCAAGAACCCUCUAUGCGCCCGGACCGAUACUAGUGCUACCGACGCCUUGGACUUGAUGGUCAGAAAGGGCUUCCGCCAUCUGCCCGUGAUGGAUGAGAAUCAGGACAUCUCAGGUAUUCUCGAUAUCACGAAGUGCUUCUAUGAGGCCAUGGAGAAGUUAGAGCGGGCUUACAGUUCGUCGCGCAAGUUGUAUGAUGCUCUUGAAGGCGUGCAGUCUGAAAUUGGGUUGGGCCAACCGCAACAGAUCAUACAAUAUGUCGAAGCGCUCCGACAGAAGAUGUCUGGACCAACGCUGGAAUCUGUUCUGAAUGGUCUGCCUCCUACGACGGUUUCCGUCCGAACGUCAGUGAAAGAGGCUGCACAGCUCAUGAAAGAAAAUCACACUACAGCGGUUUUGGUGCAGGAUCAAGGCUCUAUCACAGGCAUCUUCACAAGCAAGGAUGUCGUUCUUCGUGUUAUUGCUCCUGGUUUAGACCCGGCAAAUUGCAGCGUGGUCAGAGUUAUGACGCCGCACCCGGACUUUGCGCCUACGGAUAUGAGCAUUCAAGCCGCCCUGAGGAAGAUGCAUGAUGGCCACUAUCUCAACCUUCCUGUCAUGAACGAGACCGGCGAAAUCGUCGGCAUGGUUGAUGUCUUGAAAUUGACAUAUGCCACCCUCGAACAGAUCAAUACCAUGAACACUGGGGAGAACGAAGGUCCAGCAUGGAACAAGUUCUGGUUGUCGAUGGACAACGAUACCGAGUCAGUGAUGUCUGGAGAAGGCAGCCAUCGUCCCACAACUCCUGGUCACCGUUCCGUCCUAGAGUCUGAUCUUGCCCACCGACCGGGCAUUGAGAGGGUCGAUAGUGUCUUUCCCCAGGACUCAGCAUCACAUCGUGGCGACGAUCAGUCUGAGAUCAUCCCUGCCCAGGAAGCUCCAGAGGACGUUCCCUUCCCAUUCAAGUUCAAGGCACCCAAUGGCCGCGUUCAUCGAAUACAGGUUGUGGCUAGUCACGGAAUUGCAGAAUUGGUCGAUUCCGUCACAGCUAAGCUCGGCGCUGAGACUGAAGCCGUCGGCGGCGAAGCGAGCAUUGAGAAUGGCAAGUUGGGCAAAACCGGCUAUGCGUUAAGUUAUAUGGACAAUGAAGGCGAUACCGUCUCGAUUACGACAGACCAGGAUCUCCUUGAUGCGAUACUACUGGCUCGACAAGGCAAACGGGACAAGGUCGACUUGUUUGUGCAUGACCCUGCUCAACCGCCAAUUGUCGCGACCAUUGAUCCUAGACCGCAACUCUCGAAACCUCCGACACCGCCCGCGUCUGUCCUUAGGGAGCCUGCAACCCCGGAAGCUGACAGCGAAGAGGAAGAGGCGCCUCCUCCCAAAACGAAAUCAAAGAAAUUCCCAGGAAUCUCCACGCCAUCGAAGGACGAAGAACAGAUUAUCGCAGGUGUGCCAAACGACCUAUUAUUACCUGGCGCCAUCGUGACUCUCGCGGUUGUGAUUGUGGGAGUUUUUGCCAUCAGUCGCGCCACUUCGAAAUAAUGAUAUCCACGGCAUGAAAUGGGUUUAUUGUGCUGUUCUGGACUAUUUUAUUUCAUCAUAAACACCACUCACUCCUGUCAUUCCGAUUCUAAGGAGGCGUCUAGAUUAGCUACUAGCAAUUAUCUAGUUGACUUAUGAAUAUUCUUUACAUUCGUUAAGAA